AUGGCGAGGCAGAUGUUGGGUCCAAUCCUGCGUCAGGCCUUGGGCCACUACUUAGAGGUUGACGAGCACGAGCUUGACAUUUCCGGACAGCUGUCCUUGACGGCGGUGAAGCUGCGCAAACAACGGGCCGGGCCAGCUUCAGUUUCUGGACAUGUCGGCAGCAUCUCGGCACGAUGGUCCUGGUCCGAGCUCUUGAGGCAGCCGGUAGUCGUCAAUCUCACUGACGUCAACAUCCAGAUAUGUCUGACAGAGUCGGAAGAAUCCGAAAAAUCAAGUCAGGCUAUGCUGGCAGAGCCUGGAUUCUUCGGCAGGCUGAAGCGUCGGCUCGUGGAUCAGCUGGACCUCACCAUCGCCAACUGCCAAGUUAGCUUCACAGGACUCGAAGCGGUGGCUGGUGCUUCAUUCAAAAAAUUGUCGGUUGCUGCCGUCGAAGCCGGUGAGCAGGCCGUACAGCUCCAAGAGCUCGAGUUAUAUCUCGGACCAGCCGACACUCCACAUUCCAUAGACGCCGUGGAUUCCACACACGGCACGUACUUGCCUCCGCCUGCGCCUGUGUUUCUGCGGGCCUCGCCGUCUGGGCGUGCGCUGCGUUUUGCGGGACAGCGCUUCGUAGACCUGCGUGGCCUGGAUUUGCAGAUUGACUUUCAGGCAGUCCAUGUUCACUGGACGCAUACGCAGCUCGCAGGCCUCUCCACUUUGCUCCGCAACUUCCGGGACCUGAGAGAUUUCAAGGACUGUGAUUCCGAUGAGUUCGUCGACAUCGUCGAUUCCGGUGAGACACGGCAGCCUCGGCAAUCCUGGUCCGCUUGGUUGAGGUCUUGGGGACAGGAAGGACUUGAAGAAUGCAAGCAAAGCAAUCAAACAGAAGCAGAGACCUGGGAGCUUCCGAUGAAUCUGAGAAAGUCCAUGGAAGAAUCUCCCGUGGGCAAAGAAGACUUUUCUUUUUCUUUGACCAUCCCGUCUGUCGUCAUAGCGUUUGACGAUUCUUUGGAAGUCGAUCUCAGCGGCCACAUGGCUUUCCACCUUCAUGAGCACGACUUUUGGAGCAUUGACAUGCAUCUGACCCGAUUUGACCUGUUGGAGUGUCUGGGGGCCGAGGGCAAAGUUCGAAUUGGUGGGAUGGCGGGCGCGAGUAAUUUUGCCAUUAAAGCAGACUCGUUUCAGAAGAUGCUGUCAGUGCAGAGUCCAGAACUGGAUCUUCGAGUCACGCCUUCGCUGUUGCGCUUUGGCCUCUGGGCACAGGCCGGGGCCCAGGCCCUAUCCAGUGAAACUUACGAAGCUUCGACCUCCGACAUGCUUGACUGGCGCGUUUCCCUGCACAUGCCGCUGUCCAUUGAAAUUGGGAAGCCCUGGCAUUCCCGCAUGCUUCUCUUAGAAGCCGUGCUUGUGUAUCAUGAAGGUGGUGACUGCUCCAUGCGAUCAAAGCUCCUUCUUGAUGGGGAGGAUGUGAUUGAGGAGUUCGAUUUGCGCCUUCGAAGCUCAGACAAACUGUUGGCAACAACAGAGCUCAUAUGCGGUCACUGUGACAUUCGAGAUUUUGUGAGUAUCACGCGGCUUUUCAAGACUAUCUGCAACUUUACAGGUGCACCACACUUGCAGACGGGACCGCCCACCGACAUUGAGAUCGAGCUGCAAGUCCCAACCAUCAAACUAAACUUGUCUGACGAGGACAUAGACCUUGACUGUGAAUUUCUCUGCCACGGUGUUGCGAUAGGCUUCAUGCAGCAAAGCGCUGUCGGGAUCCGGGCGGAUGAUGUUGGCAUAACUGUAGCAGCAGCUGGGAAAGAACGUGGCAGCCUGACUGUUGUCAAACCCGUGGUCAGCGCGAGCUUUCUGGAGGGCUUUGAAGCUCAGAUAGACUGUGAGCUAUACUGUCGUGAUCCUGAGUCUGAGGAACGCGCUGUUUGCUGUCCCUCGUUGAAGUGCAUCUUUCUCGAGCGCAUGCAGCGUGAACAGAGGGCUGUCACUCUGGAGUGCUAUUUACAGUUGAUAAGCUUGAACACAACGGAAGCCUUUCUUCAAAGUUGUCGAGUCGCAAUGGAAUAUGCAUACGACCAUGCCCAAGCUGCCUUCUUUAUCGAGCCUGUCUUCCUGGAAGAAAGGCCCUUUGGACUAUCGGUCGAGGCCACAGAGACGGUUGCGACCGCGAACGGUCCAGUGCGGUGGCUUGCAGGGAGCGCUGUGCGCGGGAUGGAGCCACCGGUGACUGCUCUUCUUCAAGACCUACAGAACCGACCGCUGCCUGUGGUAGUGCUUUUUGAAAGACCUUCUCAGAUCCGUUGCUUCACGGUUCACGUGCAUCCUUUCGUUUUAAACGCGGCAGACUUCUCGGUGCAGCGUGGAGUUCGGGCAAGACUGGAAAAAACAGACAUCCAUUUCAAAGAUUUCCAGCAGAGCAUGGAAGCAUCUUGGACUGGGCUCAUGCAGAAGCUGGCCAAACAUUACCUGGCCCAAGCCGCCGCCUCUUUGCCGAAGCUCUUCUGCAACGCGUCGAUUGCAGGGCUGAGCCUCUUCGACGGGACAAUCUCUUCGGCUGGCACUUCGCUAGCCUUUCUGCGUUUCGGUGGCGCGGCUGUUCCUCAAGGAGCACUGGCCGGCACUUUGGCAAAGGCAGUCGCUUCUGCAACCAGCUCGUCUCUGGAGAAGGGCCGAAAGCUGCGGGGCAGUGACAGCUAUCAGUUUGGUGAUCUUACGCGUGGCUUGGUCUCGCUGUCCUGGGAGCGUGGAGUGGGGGGUUCGGUUUCAACAGCUGCAGAACACGCUUACGAAACAAGAGCAGUCUCGUCCACAGUCGGGGCUUCUGUAGGCGGGGUGCUACUUGCACCCCUCGGCCCAGCAGGCGUUACUGCUGGAAUGAUGGGUGGAGCCGCUGCCGGGCGCCGGACCUCUGAGAGCGCUGGGCGCCGUGCCUCUGCGCUUCAACAGUCGAUCUGUCAGACCCUUGCCGAAGGAAGGGAGGUUCGCGAGUCCGCCUCGGCAGAACACGAGGAAAGCCGAAGCAGCGGAGGUGGCUAUCGAUUUGGUGACUUCACUCGUGGCCUCGUGCGAGCAGGGCGUGAGGCAAGGGGAGGAGAAAGUUACAAGCUGGGUGAUCUUACCAGGGGCGCUUGGUCCAAGAUGAAGCGCUAG